GAUCGCGGAAAUCGUUAAUUUCGACCGCUCCCCAUCCCGAUAAGUAUGUAUAUGCGGGAUUAAUUUGCACAGCUGUGGAUUUCUUGUUUUUAACCAGUUUUGUCAAGUUAAUUGUCAAGUAUUGGCGUCGGCAGUUCCUUCCAUCACUGAAGAUACAGGCUCAGGUUUCAUGUUGGAUGAGGCUAUGGCGGUACAGAUUGUUGACUUGUUCGCCCCUGGCUGGAUUUCUACCAAAGAAGCAACGUCUACCCCGAUGUCCUCAUCCUCAUACGCCGGUCGCCUCGUUGGGAGGCCAGAAGGAAGCACCAACAACAACGCUCAGACGGCCCAAGACAGAGACGAGAAACUACUCAAGAGAACCUCGCUCAAGUACGCGCGAAACGCCACCAAAAAGACUCGACCGUACUGCAGAGAUGUACAACUCGGUAUUGGGUUUAGAUGCUUAUUUUUGCGGCAACAUUAUCCGACAGACCCCGCCGAGAGAGGACCACGUGAUACCGACGUCGAUGUCAUGAGUUUCUAUGACGACCACGGCGAGUUUUCUAUCCGAUUUGAGGGUGAGCCCCCUGGUGAUGAGUCUCAGCCAUCGUGGAUAAGACAAGAGGACCUGCUGAUGAAAAAUACUGGAAAAGAGGUUGAAAGUGACAAGACGCCAGUGUCUGUGGGAAGGAACAAGACGAAGUCCAAAGCAGUGAAGACUUGGAGGAGGCAAGUAAAGGGCCUCCAAGAUAAAGAUGAUGACUCGGCAGCACAGAAGUUUGCACCGAUAUGGAUGAAGAAGAAAGCGUUGCAUUCAUCUUCUGGUGAGAAUGUCGACGAACUGCAGACGUCUGUCCCUGUGCCACAGUCCCUGCUUGAUACUGAUGCAUGUCAUGUCGCCAGGACUCCAGAAAGAUCUGAAUCUUCCAACGUGACAGCAAACCCUUUGGUCGCCAUUCCGCCUGACGAAGAACCCGAGCAGGCACGGUCGAAGUCCAAAGACAGAUUCGAAGAGACGGGACGGCCCAAUACGGAGGCACACAAGUCUAGCAGUACCAAAAGUCUCGAGGUGGGGAACAUAAAUGUCUCGGACAACGAUUCAAGAGAAGCUGGCUGCAUGCAGGACAAGGGCAGCUCUUCUAACAAGAUCGAAAGUCAAGACAGCUAUGGACGGUCAGAUUUUACAAGUUCGUCCUCAGAUUUUGGUUCGUGUGAUUCGCAGCCAAAGUCCCCAGUCCUCACCAAUGGGCCGGAGUGCGUAAAUGUUCCUCCUGAGGGGCAGGUAAACGGGCUCAUCUUCCGUGUUUUGCUAACUGCUGUCGUCACACUGUUGGUGGAAGAUGUCAUCGAGGACAGCAUCAGAGAAAUUGAGGAUGAAAUUCUAGAGGAAUUAGAAACUUUGGAUCUGUUGGACCUUUCAAACCUUUCAACUGACGAGAGCUGCUUUCAGAGCGAUGGUUUGAAUUAUCAGGACCAGACUUGGUCGGACUUUGAGGUGUACGAGUCACCAAGUGGCUCCAAGCGACCCGUGGAAGCGCUGAUGACUGAUGAGACGCCGCCCUGGGACUCAGAGAAUGCCUUUCUUGGGGAGGAGUCAUUCAUUAACGCUUGCCUUGAGGAGGACGCCCAGGAGAAUGGCUACGCAGCCUCUGUUGCCGUCAUGGACGGCGGGGAGGCAGAGGGGUUCAUGACUGAUGUCGUAUUGCUGUGGACUUUGGAAGGGGAUAGCUUCAAUACCUCCGGGGACAGUAGUGUGCCAUCUCCAGGGUUUGAUGAGGAUGUGAGUGAUUUUGGCGAUCGUGGUGAGAGGUCUUGCAUUGAUAAAGUUCGAGCUUGUCGCGCCUAGACCUUUGAUGUGUCUUGUGGGGUGGCUGAGUGAUGUGGCUGGGAUGGGACAUGGGAAUCAAACAGGAGAUAUAUUCACGGAGUGGCGAAUCAAAUGAAACAGGUUACCAUGAGCCUAGAAUGCCAAUUAUGCUGCCAUUAUGUACCACACAUUGCUCGUCACUGGCGCUCAGCCAAUUUUGCAGCGGCAGGUAUGGCCUAGUCGAGCCGGGAUAGGAACGUCUGCGGCCGCUCUCGCACGGGAAACUGAUAUUUAGAUAAUGCACUUCUUUUCUUCCGAAAAUGUUUAACUGUACGGUAAGGUUGAAAUUUUACUAGCUUUCGUAAAUUCGUUGUGGGAGAUUUUGUUUGUCUUAAUUUAGUACUAAUUGUAUCUUCUUGUCAUAAACUGUAUGUUGAAAAUAAACUUUGAAAUUGUGAAUUAUGAA